AUGCCGCCCCGAAAGUCAGCUGCCAAGAAACCGAAGGCUAUCUCCACCUCGAAGAAUACACAAACCCCGGAUCUUCCUCAGAAAGCUAUCACAAAGGAGCUCGACCCAUAUCACCGCAAGCUCUCCAUAUAUAUUGCCUCUGCACGCGAUGCGAAGAUCAACAUACAGUGUCGCGAAUCCGCGUGGUACGGGGCGUGGAACUUCGUACUAAACCACCACUUCUUUUAUAGUUCCAAAUUUUACAUCUACCCCCAGUGGCCGGUGUGGAAGUUGAAGAAAGAUUCAAUCAGCUCUGACGUCUCGUCAUCCACCAAAGCUCAGAAAGUGCAACAGCCCUUGCCAGCUUCAGCAACGAAGGAUGACUCGGAGUCGACUCAUUCAGACUCGUCGGAAGAAGAUUCCGAAGAAGAAACCCGCGAUGAGCUAGAUUUGUUGCCUAUAGCAACCAAGAAAGGAACAAACUCGGAUCAGCGCGAGGAUGUGCCAACGAAAGGGAGCCAAACCCCAAUCAGUUCUGUCACCCCGCUCAAAUUAGUAGCACAAGAGCUGGAAAGUCUGUGGCCAUUGAACCCGUCAAAACAGAGAGUGGGUCUUGGAAUGACAAUUCAAGGGAGGUUGACCAGCCACCUUCCUGUGUCAGCUGUCACAAAGCGCGGCAAGAUACCAGAGAAACGAAACGAAGGUAUCAUUCGAAAUACAGCCAUCUUAAGCAAGAUCGGGAAGAAGUCUGCGACGAUCGCUGAGGAUAGACAGACCUUCGAACCCUAUGGGCAUACAAAAAAAAAAUCUCAACUUCGCCAUAGUGGUUUCAGGUUAGGGGUGCAGACAGCUGGACGAUCGACAAACAAGUCCGAGAAACUUGUGACAAAUGAGGACGAUGAUAGAAAUCAAUCCGAUGAGGCCAGUUCACAGAAUGAUGACACGCCGAAAAACCUGCUUCCCUCAAAGGCAUCGAUCGCUAAACCAUCCCGCCAGACCAAGAAUAUCAAGAAAAAUCUCCGGAGGAAGGUCGGAAAGAUUGCAGUCAAAAGCGACACAACCGGUUCAGACAGCGAUGGGCCUAGGAACGAUACUCAGAAGCACGCUCAGUCAAAGGCCACGACGGCUUUAAGAUCUACUGGCCCACAGAGGGUAGUUGUGCCUUCUACCGAGAAAUCGACAUCAGUCCAUGAGGACUCGGAUGAUGAUUCUAGUGAUCUGAAAUCUCAGUGGAAGGAUUCGUCUCGGCUGCCAGAUUUCGGCAUCUUACGCCUCACACCUGAUGGUCCAGUGCCUAUUGACAACGUCCCGCUACUAAAUGACGCCGAAACCGUCCUUCUUAUGGAGGUCAAGAGGCUAGUCGAACAGGAUCACUUGAGCAUCACAAAACGGUUAGCAGAAGCACAGGAGGAUCUCGAAGUUCAGGCUGCCAGUGGCCGUCGCCGGAGAACGAUACAUGCGGGCCAUUCUGACAAAGAACCACGGAUGCCAUCAUGCACCCUGUCGGAGGAUGAGGACCCAACGUGGACACCCGUUGCAACCGAGAUCAAGCCAGUCAUCCUGGUAGGUGAAUGGUCACCUCACAAACAUAUCAUCACCGUCGAGGCCGACGCAGAAUGGGAGGAGAUCAAGUUGCUGCUAUGA